AUGACCGACGACGUCGCCAGGGAGCAUGUCUCAACAUACCUUGACAUGGCCAUCCACGAGCACAACAGGGAUGUCGGCAACCUGAGUGUGACCAAUGUGGAUUCUGCGUGCCUUACCUCUAGCGCGCUCCGGAUUCACAGCUUCAUGAAGCUACGGUACCGCCCGUUGAGCCCUUAUACUCCCCCGGUCGACUGGCUGCGGAUGACGGGGGCUACGCGUCUCAUGUUUGCAAACGCCAUGUUCCUGGCUAAAGACAACCCAGACUCGGUGGGCUGCAGGAUGACAUCUUUCACCAACCAGUAUCGGGAAGACAGGGACAAUCUCCGUCAUCUUGACGAGUUCCAACACCUUCUCCGCAAGCAGGAGCCCCACGGUCUUGCUGAGCCCUGGGACGCUGAGGUCUGCCGCGCAUACCAGACUGCGCUGAGUUGUGUUGGAGACAUUUGGAGGUUCAGAUAUCACAAUGUCUUGCCUGCUGGCGUAGCUCGGCAACUGGUUAUAUUUCCAGUGCUCUUGGAUGACAAGUUCUUUGACCUGGUAGCCGAGCGGCGACCCCGAGCCCUGGUCAUCCUAGCACACUACUUCGCCAUGCUACUUGUCCUUCGGGGACUGUGGUAUGUGGGCAUGACUGGUGUUUAUGAAGUCCAUGCCAUAGCUGAAUAUCUGCCUCGAGAGUGGCGGACCAUGCUGAGAGAGCCGCUGUUAUUAGUCGAGAAUGUUGAUUCCUUCCCAGAUGUGAUGAGGGGCACCCCUGGCAAAUGGCCGACGGCCGACGUAAUUUGGCCAUAG